GUUUAACAGGGACGAUGAUCUCAGUAGCGCGCAUGGUUGUUCGAUGUCUUUGGAUUAAGGGUGGGUCUGUUCCUUUUGCGGGAGGGGUCGUAUAAACGAAUACAAGUGGAAAAAAAUUAAAAAAAAAUAAAACAGUAUUCACAUAGAAUUAGUUUGCACGUUGUUCGAACUCGAGGAGGUUGAUGUAGUGCGCAAAAGUGGCGACAUUGUAUCUUUGUGUCUAGUGCUUAUUGACAGCGCAGCGGUGGAUAAAAGCUAUUACUGGAUGGAGUUCUCUACGACUCGUGCUGUCUUUCCCUAAUUUCUACUUCCCCCCUUCAUUCGACCCGAUUCCCCAUAAAGAUUCAAUCCCCUAUACAUACGCUCUAGUCGUUCUCGUUCAUGGCUGCGGCCUGGGGUGGGGGAAAACAAGCUGUAUAACGACGUAAAAUUUCGAAGCUUGUAUGCGGAAAUAUGUCAAGUUUAAAAAUCGUGUUGGUAAUGCAUAUGCUUGCCCUACCCUUGAGAACGAUGGACUCUGAGCAAAGAAAUCAGCAGGUGUAUCAACACUAAACAAAAAGCUAAAGAAUGAAUGCCUGCUGCACUCACGCCGCCGACACAGUACAAGCAGACUUAAGAUUUGUGCAAGUAGCGUGUGAGUAGCAGCUACUCACGCCCCACUCAGACAUAUAUAUCUGUUUUCGCACAUGGCAGCCAUGAAGCAUGGCAAGACAAGUCAAGACGACGUGUGUUAUGUUGUCGCUAAAUAUGACUAUGGAGCACAAGGUGCUCAGGAGUUAGACUUACGUAAGAACGAACGUUACUUGUUACUUGAUGAUUCCAAACAUUGGUGGAGAGUACAAAGUGCAAGAGGUCAAGCUGGCUAUGUGCCAAGUAAUUAUGUCAAAAAAGAAAAACCAUCCCUUUUCGAUAGUAUCAAAAAGAAAGUCAAAAAGGGCUCCGGUUCUAAAACUUUACCAUCUAGUAAUUCACCAUCCAGAGCUGUAGAAUCUCCAAUUAUGGCAAGGCGUCUGCCUGCUGAUCCAAGCGAAGCAAUAGGUACAGCAGUUGUCAAAUACAAUUAUCAAGCGCAACAAGCAGAUGAACUAUCACUUGUCAAAGGCACUAGAAUUCUAAUAUUAGAAAAGAGUAAUGAUGGAUGGUGGAGAGGUCAAAGUGGUACUCAUGCGGGUUGGUUUCCAUCAAAUUAUACCCAAGAAGAAGGAGACGCGGAUGAUACUCUUCACACAUAUGCAAUGGCGGAAAAUGUUCUUGAUAUUGUUGUGGCCCUUUAUUCAUUUUCCUCCAACAAUGAUCAAGAAUUAUCCUUUGAAAAAGGCGAUCGUUUAGAAAUCCUUGAUCGUCCACCAGCGGAUCCUGAAUGGUAUAAAGCAAGAAAUAGUCAAGGGCAAAUAGGUCUUGUACCACGCAAUUAUCUCCAAGAACUCAGUGAAUAUUUGACGCAACCAUAUCGUGAACGAGGAAUGACAAGUAAUGAGAUUAGUACAGGUGAUUCUCUCGAGAGAAGGCCAGACCCUGGUGAUAGACCACAUCUUGUUGGAAAGCCUUGGUACUAUGGUAGCAUUUCACGCUCACAGUGUGAUACACUGUUGAAUCAACAUGGUCAUGAUGGCGACUUUUUAAUUAGAGAUAGCGAAACUAAUGUGGGAGAUUAUUCAGUAUCUUUAAAAGCUCCAGGACGUAAUAAGCAUUUUAGGGUACACGUGGAAGGAGCAUUAUAUUGUAUUGGUCAAAGAAAAUUCCAUACGCUAGAUCAGUUGGUAGACCAUUAUCAACGAGCGCCUAUUUAUACUAACAAGCAGGGUGAAAAGUUAUACUUGGUGCGCCCAUUGCCAAAAGGCAACCCCAGUAGUAAUGGUUGCUAGGUGAAUUCGUGCCAUGAAACGGUCCAUGCGCUUUGAAAUGUAUCUUUAAGAUACUUGACGCCUGCCUAGUAAUAUCAAUAUCACACAUCUCGUAUGUUUAUACAUAACAAUUAACAUAAUUGGUGAACUCAUAUAUUAGUGUUUCUUGAUUGUUUGUCCAUUUACACUGAUAAAUAAUUUAUUACUCUAAGUAAUUGCUACCAGCAAUUCUUACCAUUCAUUGGAGCUUCCAAACUAUUUAGCAAACAAAACUACAAAGUUAAGAAAGACGAAUGAAACAUUUGUACGGCAGCUAUAUGACAUUUGACUAGUGACACAUACACAUACACACACACACAAGGCUUCUCUUUAUAUCCAUAUGUAAUUGUAAAACACAACCGACCAUGUUAUUACGAUUAAUAAUAUAUUUACAACUACACAUAAUGUAGACUGCAAGUGUAAUGAUGAAAUAAUGGUUAAUUAUUAUGCAAUUAUGACCGAUUAAGUGGAUCUCUACUCUAAAUCUAUUGGUAUUGAAUUAUGACAAAGACUAAGUGUUCAUUUGUGAUUUUGUAUUUAUUAGAAAUUUUUAAGUAAAUAA